AUGUCGGUAUUGGGCGACCCCACAAUAGUUCAGUGCCAUCAUGGGCGCAAACACUCCCAAGAACACCCCUUAUCCCAGCCACCUCCGCGGCCUCUCCGCAGAACAAUCUCCAUCCCAGCUGUAUCGUCGCUCGUGAAGGACACGUGGAAUUGGGCCGGUGAUACUCUGCACACCUACCGCGAUGGCCUCUCCAAGGAACAGCGGAAGCAAAGGGCGGAAAUCGAGGACCGCAAACAAGUCCUAUAUUUGAAAAUAAAGAAUGCUGUGUCGUACGAGGAAUGGCGAAGUUGCGCCAUUGAACUGGAUGAGCUAGAGAACAACAAUGCCUGGAAGCAGACCCUCGAGUCCGCCGAAUAUGAUCCUCGCUUGGUACAGGAUCGAUUGCGACAAUUGGAAGAUGCUCGGAUCAGCUGCGACGUAAGCCGUAUGCUGUUUUUGGUGCGCACUGCGCUAAGUCGGGACCUGGCGCAUAUGAGCAAUGCCUCUCUCUAUCGCCAUUCGCAUAUCGGCACCAAGGACUUGAUUGAUAGGUAUAUUACCACGGCUUUGGAGACCAUCACAACACUGGUGGAUUUGUCGGUGCAUGAUCGCUGCGAUGGACUGGAGCUGAAGUAUAUCCUGGACCAGCUGCUGGCAGCUCGACAGGCAUUUGGUCGCAGUGCGCUCCUCUUUUCCGGUGGUGCCACUUUUGGCAUGACCCAUAUCGGGGUUCUCAAGGCUCUCUAUGAGGCGAACAUGAUCCCUCGGAUUAUCUCAGGUGCCUCUGCUGGUAGCAUUGUGUGCGCGGUCUUUUGCACGCGCACAGAUGAAGAACUGCCGGCGCUUUUGGAUACCUACGUACAUGGGGAUUUUGAUGUCUUCAAUGAGAAGGGCCAAGAGGAAAAUAUCCUGCAGAAGAUGACUCGCUUUUUGAAGUUUGGAUCAUUUCUUGACAUAUCCCACUUGGCGAAGACCAUCAGGAACUGGCUGGGAGAUAUGACCUUUCAGGAAGCAUAUAACCGCACCCGCAGAAUCCUGAACAUCUGUGUAUCGAGUGCCGGCAUGUAUGAGCUUCCACGGCUGUUGAACUAUAUUUCCGCGCCUAAUGUGUUGAUCUGGUCUGCUGUGGCGGUAUCAUGCUCUGUUCCCUUUGUAUUUAGGCCAUUUACGUUGAUGGCCAAAGAUCCGUUGACAGGGGAACCAGUCCCGUGGAAUGACCUUCACAAACAGUAUAUCGAUGGCUCUGUCGACGGAGAUCUGCCCAUGACACGGUUAUCAGAGAUGUUUAAUGUGAACCAUUUCAUUGUCUCCCAGGUGAAUCCCCAUGUGGUGCCGUUCCUUUCAAAGGAAACAGGCCCACAGGACGAGUCAAACGGUGGCCCUUCAUUCAUCCCUCGAUGGAUGAACACGAUGACACACCUUGCCAAAGACGAGGUGCUGCAUCGGAUGAACGUCCUCUCAGAGCUUGGAGUCUUCCCAACAUCAAUGACCAAGUUUGCCUCUAUCGUAAACCAGAAAUAUCAUGGGGACAUCAACAUAUACCCAGAACUCAUUUCCUCCAACUUUCCACGGCUCCUGGAGAAUCCGACAACGGAAUUCAUGCUUUCAGCAUGCUUGAGUGGCGAGCGGGCGACAUGGCCAAGAUUAAGCCGCAUCCGAAAUCACUGCGCCAUUGAGCUGGCACUCGAUAAUGCCAUUCAAAAUAUGCGGGCCCGGGUAGCCUUCAGUCCGAGCCAGGUUGAUUUACGUAUGCCGAACCGUAGCCGUCACUCGAUUGACUCGGCAGACAGCAGUGGAAGGGGACGUUAUCGCGACAGACGAAGAGGAUCCCAUAGCCCCGAGCUGGAAAAGAGGCACUCGGGCAGACAAGCACGGCAUCAACCAGCCCGGGAACUAAGAAAGGCACGAAGCACUGUUUCACUGGAGAACCCGCCUCUCUCGCAGUCGAGCGAGUCAAUCCUCAUGUCGACCCCAAGGACCCACCGCCGUACAUCCUCAGUAUCCUUCAAUAACGGAGCGAUAUUCGACAUCGGAUCAAGCAGCGACGACGAGCUCGAACAAUCAUACAUCCUUCGUCCCAAACUUGCAGGCCACCGAGCAUCUUCAGAGUCAUCUUCGUUCGGUGGAGCACCUGGGAGUCACGGACCCCGUAGCCCCGUUCGGUCCCGACGAUCCUCAUUCUCUUCUGGUCCGGCCUACAAUUCUUCCGUUACGGCUCGUCACAGUUCCCCAAAGCAGGCGUAUGUGCCGUCGGCUCGCGAUCUCUCCAUGACCGUACCACCUUCGUCCCGCCAUCUGCUCAGUAUGACUCCAACGCCAACCGUCCACCCGAGCUCGCCUGACUCCCUGACGCGCAAACAGCGGCAUUGA